AUGGCAGAAUUUCCUAUCGACCUCAAGCAGUUUAAAAAGUUGUCUCUUGACCCCCACAACCCGACCCUCACUGCCGAGCAAAAGGCUGACUUGCAGGCGAAUAUACAACUCCUGCGGGACGCCAUUGUGGUGUUUACAGCCACUGGCGCCGCGCGAGGCGGUGCAUAUGACACCGUUCCAGAGGUCUGCAUUCUUCUAGCACUGUUCGAGCAUUCCAAGGACUUUUAUCCCGUUGUAUUCGACGAAGCAGGACACCGUGUGGCUACUCAAUACAUUCUCGCCACCCUCGAGGGGUCGCUUCCCGCCGAGCACCUCCUUCAUUAUCGAGAAGCGAACUCCAAACUUCCAGGCCACCCCGAGCUGGGCUUGACUCCUGGCGUCAAGUUUUCUUCAGGACGUCUCGGCCACAUGUGGCCUCUUGUCAACGGCGUCGCCCUCGCCAAUCGCGACAAGACCGUAUUCUGCCUGGGUUCCGACGGCUCGCAGCAAGAGGGCAACGACGCGGAAGCCGCCAGACUCGCUGUUGCGCAAGGGUUGAACGUCAAGCUCCUCAUCGAUGACAAUGACGUAACUAUCGCCGGGCACCCAUCGCAAUAUCUCCCGGGAUACGACGUCACCAACACUUUGGCGGGCCACGGUUUGAAAGUCGUAACCGUGCAAGGUGAGGACCUCGAUGAGCUAUGGGGCGGUAUUAGCGCUAUCGUGACGCACAAUGGUCCAGCGGCGGUUAUUGCCAAGCGAGUCAUGGCUCCUGGCAUUCCAGAUAUUGAAGGAAGCUCUCAUGGACACGAUGUAAUCCCUAUCAAAGCGGCAGUCAAAUAUUUGGAAAAGAGAGGAUUAAGCAACUUCUCCUCGAUAUACGAUAACAUCAAGCCCGUCCCAAAUCCAUACAUAUACUCUGGUUCCACCAAAGAAGUCGGAGCAAAUCGUGUCAUUUUCGGAGAAGCUGUUAACAUGGUUUUGGAUACCCUUAGCAAGGAAGAGGCGGCGAAGAAGGUCAUGGUCAUCGAUAGUGAUCUCGAAGGCUCAACCGGUUUGAAGGUCAUCCAUCAAAAGCAUCCUGAAGUGUUCGUCCCCUCCGGUAUCAUGGAACGAGGCAAUUUCUCUGCCGCGGCCGGUUUUGGUUUCGCACCUGACAAAUUUGGAGUAUUCUCAACUUUCUCAGCUUUCCUCGAAAUGGUGGUUUCAGAAAUCACUAUGGCGCGUUUGAACAAUUGCAAUGUUCUCAGUCAUUUCUCCCAUUCCGGAGGUGUCAAUAACAUGUAUGCCGACAAUGGUUUAUCUGACGUACAAUCUUUCCUCUACUUCCCGGCUGAUCCUGCACAAAUGGUCGCCAUCGUCAAGCGCGUCUUUUUUGAACGUGGCCUGAGGUUCAUUUUCUCCACACGGUCCAAGGUGCCUUGGAUCCUCAAACCCGACGGCAAGACGAGGUUCUUCGAAGAUGACUAUGAAUUCGUUCCUGGCAAGGAUGACCUUAUCUUGGAGGGUAAGGCUGGAUACGUGGUUAGCUUUGGAGAGAUGCUUUAUAGGUCUCUCGAUGCUGUCUUGCGCUGUAGAGAACAAGGAUUGGAUGUGGGUCUGGUGAACAAGCCCUGUUUGAAUGUUGUGGAUGAACAGAUGACAAGAAAGAUCGGAACAAGCCCUUUCGUAUUGGUUGUCGAAUCAUUUAACCAAAAGACGGGGCUUGGGUCUAAAUAUGGCACAUGGCUCCUGGAACGCCAGCUGACGCCGAAGUACGGCUACAUGGGUACCACCAAAGAGGGCUGUGGGGGGUUAUGGGAACAAAUUCCAUACCAGAACCUUGAUCCUCAAUCGAUCAUCGUCAAGAUCAAACAGCUGUCUCAAUAG